AUGUAUAAUCGCUGCUCUGAUGUAGGUAAUUCCUAUCAAGCCAGACUCUCCCGACGGCUCGGUGGUGUUGAGACAUAUCUUAGGAUCUUGAAAUGGCAAUUUACCAAUGAUGCUGAAACGGACUGGGGCUUGAAUGAAAGCCGAGGAUAUGCUUGUGAAUACGUUGCUUGGCAAUUUCUCUGUCACGUCAAUCAGCGCGAAACCAUCGAAUUCCUUCUUGAGGAACUCAAAACUCCAAUGCAGGGCAGUACAGAUAUCUCACAGGCAGAAAGAGGCACAUCUGGGUUUGCGACGAUGACCGGUGAGGCUUUUUCGCAAGAAGACGAAAGGACACCAUUAUUAUUGAGCUCGUCAUCUUCGCUUUAUCGGUUCUUUGGUGGCAAGAGACGUGCAGGAAGCUCACUUGACAUAAAUGAGCCGGGGACCAACAUGUCUGCAAGUGACGCAUAUGAGCUUGAAAAACUGUCAAGGUUCUUUGGACUGAACGCACUCGAGAUAGCCACAAUCGCCCAAGCGAAAAGAUUUCUAAGCCAGAAGGUGGUUCAGAAAGUGAUAGACAAUAUCUGGAAGGGCGAGAUUGUCUUCUGGGACUCUUUGAGCGUGCAUUCGAAGAAGAAGCCCCAGUUUUUUAACAAAAGAACCGCCGAUCCGUACUCACGAUUGAGAGUGCCAGUGUAUCGGAAGGCCUUUGAAGCGGCCUUCUUUGUCUCGUUUUUGUUCCUCUAUUAUGCGGUGUUAGUUGAGAGGAAGCCUACUGGCAUAGGCAUCUUUGAGACUAUGAUGUACAUCUGGAUCGCUGCUUUUGCAUAUGAUGAAGUCAGCGGGAUGGCUGAUGCCGGAAUGCUCUUCUACCAGAUGGACUUCUGGAGUGCUUGGAAUAUGGGCAUAAUUGGCACAGGCCUUGCCUUUGUCAUUGCCAGAAUUAUCGGACUAGCCAAACAAAGUGAUUACAUCACGGAUCUCUCGUUUGAUAUUCUAUCGCUGGAGGCAUUGUUUCUGGUUCCAAGGAUCUGCUCCCUUGUGAGCUUGAACUCCUAUUUUGGAAGUCUGGUGAUCCCGAUGACGCAUAGGACAAGGCUGAAGAAGACCAACGCGCGGUAA